AUGAUUUAUUUCUUAAUUCUUGGUUUUCUUUGUUUACGGGCAAAUGGAUUCUUGAUGGACAGCAUAAGUAACAUUCUUACCAACCCAAUGGGUACACCAAAUCCUCUCCUUCAUUGCAACUUGAAACCAGCUGAUAUUGUCUUUCUGUUGGAUUCCUCUGGAAGCGAAGGAGCGCGUCAUUUUAGGGAACAAUUAAACUUCGUUAAAAAUUUUGUAAACGAGUUUGACAUAGGCCCCUCCAACGUACAAAUAAGUGUCGUUUCUUUUGCAACCAGAGUCCGUGAAAACUUUAACUUAAAAAGAUAUCAUACUAAGGCAGACCUUCUUAAUGCCAUCGAUAAAAUUCCAUAUAUGUCUGGUUCCACACAUACUGCUGACGCGAUCACCUAUGCCAUUCAGCACAGUUUCACCCCAAUAGCUGGUGACAGGGCACCUGUGACUGACGUUAUGUUCGUAGUGACAGAUGGUCAGUCCAUUUCACCUACAGCAACAAAGCAAGCAGCAAACCUUGUUCAUAAAGCCGGUGUUAAAACAUUUGCAAUAGGUGUUGGAAAUUCCAUUUCAAAACAGGAACUUUUGAAUAUAGCCUCUGAUCCACAGCAUGUUUUUCAUGUCUCCUCAUUUGAUGCCCUUCACUUACUGCAAAGUGAGCUGAGAAAUAAAACUUGCGAAGCGUUAUCAUACAGCAGUCUAUAUUGCUCCAACCACAUCACUAACUGUGGAAGCUAUGGUCAUUCUGUUUGCAUUACUUACGCCCAGUGGGGACGAGAUAAAUGUCCACUGUACUGUGGAUACUGUCAAGCUCAAGGAACGCCAACACCAAUGGCGCCUGUGACCACAACACAAGGUACAGACCCUUUUAUCUCUAAUACACCUGCCCUGAUUACUCAAGGAAUAUGUAUGGAUCAAAUUUCGAAUUGCCAUGACUAUGGUUUGUCCGUCUGUUCAACCUACAGACAAUGGGCCGAUACAAACUGCCCUCGUUAUUGUGCCUUCUGUAAAGCACCUUCCACUCCACCACCACCAGUGACUACAACAGUUAUCCCAACUCCCCCGCCUCUUGUUGCAGGACCAUGUGAGGAUAAAAUGCCUACCUGCAAAGAUUACCUUGCCCGUGACAGUAACACCUGUAACAGAUAUUUGGAUUGGUCAACCUUCAAUUGUAGAAAGACCUGUGGAAUAUGUCAUGAUACAUUCAGCUCUCCCCCUCCAUUAUCAGCUACAACAACCUCAACUAGCGCUCCCUCUACAACAUUGCACUAUGACAUAUGUGAAGACGUUGUACAUUCCUGUGAGUCCUAUGGACCUUCUAUCUGCUUCAAUUACAAAGACUGGGCAGCGAAAAAAUGUGCCAAAUUUUGCCUUUUCUGUGAAGAGACGACCACCACCACAACUACCACCACCACUACACCGGCGCCCACCACAGAACCACCUUGUGUGAAUGUCGAUCCCGACUGUGAAGACAGAGGACCAGUCGUAUGUUUCCAAAACCAGACUUGGGCUCAGGCUAACUGCAGGGUCUUCUGUGCUUUUUGUACACGUAAGCCUGUGAACUUCUUAACAUGUUUUAAUACUGCGUAUUAA